CACGGAUCGAAGUGAUGAGGCGUCGUGCCGUUGAAAGAGGUGGGACCUGGAUAUGCAUGAUGCAGCCGAAAGACCGAUUGACGAAUCAGGGUUCACGAUUUGCAACACCUUGAGUUCUCCAUGCGUUGCUUACUCUCGUGUAGGGGGAUACAUUGCGCUGAUGUCCGCAGGCUCACGAGUAUGUGCAGACAGAACGAUGUCUCUUCGAUUCGUCUGUCUUCUAGCCGCUGUUGCCGCUACGAGAUGUUUGUAUCGGCGUCACGCUUUACCGAGGUGCGUCCCUGGAGCGUGUCACGACAAGGGAAACUUCGUUCCAAGAACGUGCUUCCAGGGCUGUGGUAUUGCUGCAGGCCCAAGGCCGCGUGUUAUUAAUCGACGCAGCCCUCGUAUUGAGCGUUUCUUCGGGUGGGAUUUCUCGGAUGGGAACGAGUGGAUUUCUGAAAAGGUUGACAUCCUGGCGUUUCGCUCGUCCAGAUUGGGCUUCUGGUGUAUUCCAUUUGUACCACUCUGAACAACAACCGUUCACUUCGACGGGCCCACUGUGUGCAUCGCACCGCAUUCUUAACGCAGGCAAUACAUGCUUGCGGUAGUCGAGCGCAUCUUCAGAUUCCGAAGAAUAUCGAACUUUGGAGGAACGGCCCGGAUGAUGACAGUCAUGCGUUGAUUUGCUUCGGCAAGCCGACCUUUGAGAGCCUACACCACGGACCGGAAGUUGACAUGCCGCUUUGUUCGGUGGUUGUAGGAGUUGUCGUUCUGUCUGAUCGUGCAGGGGUCAUAGGCUAACGAGGACAGAUUCGAUGGGUCGUUGGGCAGGAAUGCGGUGUGGAUGGAGA